CUACGGCAAGGAGCCCCGUUGCCCAACCGGAGUUUUAUAGAGGUCGGACGUCCCUUGUUUUUGUCCUUCCCCGGCGACCUUCCUUUCCGCGCUUCCAGUAUCCGGUUGGAGCGGCUCAUGGCGGCCCAGCCCGGGAGCGGCGUGGUGGCGGGUUCUUCCCCGGCGGCCCCCAAGAAAUCCGCCUUCUGGUCCUGCUUCAGCUGCCGCAUGCUGACGGGCGGGGGGCUGCUGGCCUCCGGGGUCUGGGUCUACAUGGGCGUCCGCCAGUCCUUGCGGCAAAGGAGGCCCGGAAAGGUCUUCGACGUCUUCCGGCUGGUUUUCGCCAUCGGCCUUUCCACUUGGGCAGUCAUAGUCAUCUUGGAUCCCAUCCAGCCGAAGUAAAACGGGAAAGACGUACUUCAUCAGCAAAGGUUUUCCAAGAUCUAAAAGAGGGAAAUCUUUCAUUUGGGAUGUCCUGGGAUCCACAUUAAGAUAAGACAGAAAUAUUGCGGGUUUUAUCUUCCAUGGAAAACGGCUGCUUGCAGUUGCUUUUUUUUUUUUGUUUCCUGUGUCAAAACGGUCAAGUCACGAUUCAAGAAGGAUGUGGAACUGAUUCCAUUCAGUAAACAGAAGAACCUAUAUUGUCUAUAUUUUGCUAUAUUGCAGUAAAAUGCUUCUUUGGAUGAAUAGAAAAAAAAACACUUCUAA